AUGCUGAUGCUGCUCCAGGCAGUUUGGAAAGGUGCUUUGGGAAAAUCCCAUUCGCUGCACACCCGAGGAAUCAUCGAGUUGGCAGGAGCUAUAUCGUGUGGCACGGGACGGUCUCCCUUGGCAUAUAUUGGCUACGGAUGCUACUGUGGACUGGGAGGACAAGGCUGGCCUAAAGACGAAACAGACUGGUGCUGCCACAGGCACGACUGCUGCUACGACAAGGCAGAGAAGGAAGGCUGCAGCCCCAAGGUGCGGCCGUACCGGUGGGCGUGUGAGCAGAACGCCGUGCGCUGCGAUAAUCUGACGGACCGAUGUGAAAAAAUGGUGUGCCUGUGUGAUCAAGAAGCAGCCAAGUGCUGGGGAGCAGCUCCGUACAACCCACGCUUCAUGCUCUGGCCAAACUUUUUAUGUGGAAGGACUCAUCCCACCUGCCAUUUCAGAUAUGGGGGGCCAGAAUAGUCCUUUUAGGACCUUUCCUCUAACCCUUUGAAUCUGAAGAUGCUGGAAUAAAAUUUUAUCUCUUUUAGCAGAG